CCCCUCAGUGUUGUCUCUCCUCCUUUCCCAAGUGUACUUGUUCCCCGUCCCUCACCUUAUCAUGUCUCUCCUCACAGAGCUGAGCCGGUGCCUGUCGGCACGUCAGAAGCUGGAGACGCAACUGACAGAGAAUACCAUUGUGCAGGAGGAGCUGGAGCUGAUGGAACCAGAGAACCGAGUCUACAAGCUGAUGGGCCCCGUGUUGGUGAGGCAGGAACUGCAGGAGGCAAAGUCCACAGUUGCCAAACGGCUUCACUACAUCACUGGAGAGAUAAAGCGCUAUGAGGGACAGAUGAAGGAGUUGGAACGGAAAUCGGAGCAACAUCGGGAGACGCUCGGCAAACUGCAGCAGGACUUCCAGAGGGCGCAGGGAAAGGCACCUGCCCGUGACUGACCGCGUACACUCAAUCACCCUUCACCCAUUCCUGUCCCCUCUCCAGACAAUGAGUCUGCCCAGCCCACUACUCACCGGGUGCCCUCUGGACGAGGGGGUGUCAGUGUCCUGGAACUUACCCCACCCCCCAGUCCCAGUAUGUGAUCGGGGGCUAUCAUUGUGUGAACUCAUCCUUCCAUCCACUCCCACCCCUCCCCUCGCUCCCCAGCCUUUCCCCCUUCCCUUGCCCCUCCCCUCUCCCCCUGAGGGGCUAGGGGCCCUCGGUGUGUGAUCACUCAGCCCCUGUGUGGGAUGGCUCCAACCCCUCUCACUAGGUUUGGGCUGCAGGGCAGACUCCCUCCUCUCCUCAGCACGAUGUCACCCAUUAUUGGGUUUCACAGUGAGCUUGCUGUGCGCCGCUCAUGAUCGGUGGCUGCUGACAACUAGGCUUCCCCAGCUCUGUGGCUACCGGGAUCCCAACACUGAGCCUCGUGCAAUGUGAGUUGUGUUGCCCGCAAUCUGUGGCUAGUCUCCCACUCUGGGUAGCCCGGGGCCUGUGGGUGUUGGGUGGCUGGUCUCCCACUCUGGGUAGCCCGGGGCCUGUGGGUGUUGGGUGGCUGGUCUCCCACUCUGGGUAGCCCGGGACCUGUGGGUGUUGGGUGGCUGGUGUCCCACAAUGGAUAGCCCGGGGCCUGUGGGUGUUGGGUGGCUGGUGUCCCACAAUGGAUAGCCCGGGGCCUGUGGGUGUUGGGUGGCUGGUGUCCCACAAUGGGUAGCCCAGGACUGUAGGGGAGGUCUUUGGGUGCCGAGUGUUGAAUGCCAGCAUGUUCCUGGGCAAUAAAGUGUUUGUGUUCUUACUGCUGA